AUGUCAAAGCUAUUGGAAAGAAUUCAAAACAAAUCGCGAUUCGCUCUUCUCCAAAAAAUCUCUAGAUCGAAAAGAAGAGCGAUUUGUGUGUUGGUGAAGAUGGGGUUAACGUUCACGAAGCUGUUCAGUAGGUUAUUCGCGAAGAAGGAAAUGAGGAUUUUGAUGGUUGGUCUCGAUGCGGCUGGUAAGACAACUAUUUUGUAUAAACUCAAGCUUGGAGAAAUCGUCACCACCAUCCCAACCAUUGGGUUUAAUGUUGAAACCGUGGAGUACAAGAACAUCAGCUUCACCGUGUGGGAUGUCGGGGGUCAGGACAAGAUCCGCCCAUUGUGGAGGCACUACUUCCAGAACACUCAGGGUCUUAUUUUUGUGGUUGAUAGCAAUGAUAGAGACCGAGUGGUUGAGGCAAGGGAUGAGUUGCACAGGAUGUUGAAUGAGGACGAACUUAGAGAUGCUGUUUUGCUUGUUUUCGCCAACAAACAAGAUCUUCCCAAUGCAAUGAAUGCUGCAGAAAUAACAGACAAGCUUGGUCUUCAUUCACUCCGCCAACGCCACUGGUAUAUUCAGAGCACCUGUGCAACUUCUGGAGAGGGUCUAUACGAGGGUUUGGACUGGCUUUCUAACAACAUUGCAAGCAAGGCAUAA